AUGGCGCAGCCGCCGGUUCUCCUCAAGGACAUGAAGUUGCUGGACGUGAAGCUGGGCCAGCUGCCCACCUGGCUGGCCAUGAGAGACUUCACCCCCGGUGGCAUCGUCGGGGCCCUGCGAAGAGGGGAGGGGAGAUACUACAAUAAAUAUAUCAAUGUCAGGAAAGGGGGCCUCGGUGGUAUCUCCAUGGUGCUUGCUGGUUAUGUCGUCAUCAGCUACAUCUGGAGCUACAGUCACCUGAAGCAUGAACGCCACAGGAAGUACCACUGAAGCAUGAAUUUCAGAAGGUGAAAGUACAGCUCUUGAACAGACUUGGCUGCUGGAACAGUUACCCUGACAGAAGACAGCAGAACUAUUCAUAUUAAAAUCUGU